AUGCCAAAAUCCGAGAGAAUCCCCGAAGAGCCGCCUUCGGUCGAGGAAGAUCUCUACAAGAUCCUCGGCGUCGAGUCAACCGCAACCCCCGAAGCAAUCAAGUCCGCUUAUAAGAAAAGUGCACUGAGGCAUCAUCCUGACAAGGUCAGCGAAGAUGCCCGCGAUGCAGCCCACAAAAAGUUUCAGCAGAUCGCCCUAGCAUACGGCGUCCUAUCAGACGAACGACGACGAAAACUCUAUGAUCGCACUGGAAACACCGAAGAAGUCCUCGGAGAAGAUGGAGACUUCGACUGGAUGGAAUUCUACCGCGAGCAACUCUCCGCAAUGCUGGACACCCGGGCAAUUGCCGACUUUCAAAAGAAAUACCAGAACUCGGACGAAGAGAAGCAUGAUUUGUUAGAGGCAUAUGAAAAACACAAAGGUGAUCUUGACAAGAUCUAUGAGUCGGUGAUGCUCUCCAAUGUCCUUGACGACGAUGAGCGCUUUCGGACUAUUAUUGACCAGGCUAUUGCGGACGGGGAGGUGCAGGACUACAAGAAAUACUCCCAGGAACCCGAGAAGAAGCGACAACAACGCAAGAAACGUGCGCAGAAGGAGGCCAAGGAGGCCGCGAAGUUAGGGAAGGAGGUUGAGGAGAAUAAGAAGAAGAAGACUGCGGCUGCUUCGAAGGCUUCAAAGGCCUCUGGCGGCGAGGACGAUUUGUUGGCCUUGAUCACCAAGCGACAGCAGCAGCGGGGCCAGGGAUUUUUGGCCCAGUUGGAAGAGAAGUAUGGUCAGCCCCACGGCAAGAAGCGGGGUCCUGCUGAUGAGCCUUCUGAGGAGGUUUUUGCUGCGGUUGGGGCUCGCAAGAUGUCUAAAGAAUCGAAGCCCAGACACAAAAAGUCCAAGGCGUAG